AUGAAUCAGUACCACAUCUAUGAAGCCAUUGGCCGUGGCAAAUACUCGACUGUGUAUAAAGGGAGGAAGAAGAAGACGAUUGAGUAUUUCGCGGUUAAGAGCGUUGAUAAAUCGCAGAAAAGCAAUGUUCUCCACGAAGUUAGGAUUCUUCACUCUCUAGAUCACCCAAAUGUACUCAAGUUUUGUUCAUGGUAUGAAACUUCUGCUCACUUGUGGUUGGUUUUGGAAUAUUGUGUUGGAGGAAAUCUCAUGAACUUAUUGCAGCAGGAUGGUAAACUUCCCGAAGAUUCAAUACAUGAUCUUGCUCGUGACCUUGUCAGAGCUUUGCAGUUUUUGCAUUCAAAGGGUAUUAUAUAUUGUGACUUGAAACCAUCAAACAUUCUCUUGGAUGAAAAUGGACGCACAAAGCUUUGCGAUUUUGGGUUAGCAAGAAAAUUGAGUGAUAUAUCUAAAACAGCUUCUUCCCUAUUGCCACAAGCCAAACGUGGAACUCCCUGUUACAUGGCUCCUGAGUUGUUUCAGGAUGGAGGAGUGCAUUCUUACAUUUCUGAUUUCUGGGCCCUUGGUUGUGUGCUAUAUGAGUGCUAUGUAGGGAGGCCUCCCUUUGUGGGGAAAGAAUUCACACAGCUAGUAAAAUCAGUCCUUUCAGAUCCAACUCCAGUCCUUCCUGGCUCCCCAAGCCGUCCUUUUGUCAAUCUGAUCAGUUCUCUCUUGGUAAAAGAUCCAGCUGACCGAAUACAGUGGCCUGAGCUUUGUGGACAUGCUUUUUGGAGAACAAAAUUUACUCCAUUGCCCUUACCUCCUCAGCCUGCUUUCACUACCAUGAUAGAGCUUUCUUCUAAACCCUAUCUCUCUGAACGCAAUGGUGACAAACCUCUCCAGAACAAGACCCCAAGUAAAAAUAGGGAAAGAGAUACAAGAGGGGCUUCUAGACAGGAUGAGAAUUCUAUUUUAGGAUCAAGAAGUCAUGGCACACCAAUUAAGGGUGUAUCCAGUGGCCGAAAAACUCAAACAAAGGCUUCAGGCAGAGUGGCUGAGGAGAAGCAAAAGGAUCCGUCAAGUAAUACUGCGGCUGUGAAUCUUCUAAGGCUUUCAAGAAUUGCAAAAUCAAACUUACAGAGGGAAAAUGAGAAGGAGAACUACCGGAGGCCAUUGCCUAAUGAUUCUGAGAAUGAUGCUGAAGUCAAAAUUGAAAACAAUGAUAUGGAACUUGAUUUUAACGAGAAUGUUGAAGAUGAGACACAAGAUGAACCUGAUGGGUCUGAUGGCCCAACAUGUACCCCUGAAGAAAAUCUGUCAAUUCCAAAGCAGCAUGAGCGUAGAACAGAGGAGACAGACAGUAAUAUAAACAACAUAGAUACAUCACCUGCGCUCAACGCACAUAUGUCAGAUGACUCGAGAAUAACUGACCAGGAAUCGUCGUCGGACCAUAUUGAAGUGGCUGCUACUCCACCCAGCGUCAGUCCUCAACUCAAGACUCAAAGGAUUAAAGAAGUUUCAGGGGGUACCAUUGCUUCUGAUACUUCAAAAUCAUCUACUAAUCUCUCGGAGGUGAUUUGGCAUCCAUGUGACCUCUCAGUCAGACCUGUGAUGCCCAGCAGAAAGUCUGACAAAGGAUCAGAUGUGAUUCCUUCUCUCCCCUUUGAUGUAAUUCCAGCAUCUGAUUUUGUGAAAAUGUCUAAGGAUCAGCUUGACACACUCAACAAUAGGAUCAUAACCAUCUUUAAUGGGAACACUGCUAUUGGUGAGAAGCAGAAUGUGAUCCGGUACCUUGAGAUGAUAAGCAACAAUACAGAUGCUGCCAAUGUAUUGACCAAUGGACCAGUAAUGCUGGUUCUUAUUAAGAUGCUCCGACAGUCUAAGGCUUCGGCUCUACGUGUUCAACUUGCUUCAAUUAUAGGUUUGUUGAUUCGGCAUUCUACUUUUAUUGAAGAUGAUUUGGCAAACUCUGGAAUUUUAAGUUCACUAUGUGAUGGCCUAAGAGACAGGCAAGAAAAAGUGAGAAGGUUUUCUAUGGCUGCUUUGGGUGAGUUGUUGUUUUAUAUAUCUACACAAAACGAGCAUGCCAGAGAUAAUAAUCCACCAGAAUCUCCAUCGAAGGACAGCCGAUCCUUUUCUUGUUGGCAGGUGCCAAAUCCAUUAAUUUCAUUGGUUUCAUCUAUUUUACGAAAGGGUGAGGAUGAUAUAACUCAACUCUAUGCAUUGAGGACAAUUGAAAACAUCUCGAGUCAAGGAGGACAGUGGGCAGCCCGUUUCACGAGCCAGGACAUAAUUAGUAACCUUUGCUACAUAUUUAGGGCUCCAGGGAAACAGGAGAGCAUGAGGUGCACAGCAGGAUCUUGUUUGGUACGUCUUGCUCGUUUUAGCCCUCCUAGCAUACAACAGGUCAUAGAAAAGCUUUCAUUCAAGGAGAUUGCAUCAAGCCUUGUCAAGGGCGGUCCACGAGAGCAGCAAAUCUGCUUGAACCUUCUCAACAUGGCUAUGCUUGGAAGCCAUAUGUUUACCAACAUUGGACGGUAUCUCCUUCCCUUGGUGGAAGAUAGGAAUUUUGUCCCACAUAUUGUCUCUCUUAUUGAGCAGGGAAGUGAAAUCUUAAGGGGAAAGACACUUAUAUUUGUUGCUUUACUAUGCAAGAGUGGGAGAAGAUGGCUGCUACAUUUUUUUUGCAAUGCAAGACUGCUCUCAGCUGUUGACAGGCUGGUAAAGGAGAAAGACAGCUAUUUAAAGAAGUGCUUAGAUGCAUUUGUGCAUGUUGUAGUAUCUACUUUACCAGGUUUGCUGGAGACCAUAACAGGAGAUGUCCAACAAUUGAUGGGAGGGAGGCGUCUUGGGCAUAUCACUACCCUCACUAACCGAGCUACUACAAAGACCAAUGUUCAUUUGUUUCCUGUCAUUCUCCAUCUUCUUGGGAGCUCUUCCUUUAAGCACAAAGUGGCGAGUAAUCAGGUGCUGCAGCAGUUGGCAAAUCUAAUCAAACUGGCAGAGUCACCUUUUCAGGGCAGGGAUGACUUUCAAAUAACCCUUCUACGAAUUCUUGAGUCCAUUUCAGAGAUGCCUUCUGUAAUUCUUGAAAGCCCCAACAUUUUUAUCCGUGAAAUUCUUCCCAGUUUGGCUGUUCUGUACAAAGGAAACAAAGAUGGAGAUGCCAGAUUUUUGUGUCUGAAGAUUUUGUUUGAUGUGAUGGUCAUUUUUCUAGACGAACCAUCAGGAGAUGAGCAGAGAACAGAGGAUUUGAAGUCCAUAUCUAAUACGUAUUUUCUUCCUCUUUACCCCUCCUUGAUCGAGGAUGAGGAUCCCAUUCCUAUGUAUGCACAGAAACUUCUCGUGAUGCUCAUUGAGUUUAAUUACAUAAAAAUUGCAGACAUCAUACAUCUGAAGACAGUCUCACAGUGCUUUGAAUUUCUUCUUGGUGAUUUCUCAUCUGCAAAUGUAAGCAGUGUCAUGCUUUGUCUGGCUCUUGCAUCUGCCCCAGAGCUGGAUACCAAGACACUCUCUCAACUGAAGGUGGUUAGGAGGAUUGGAAACCUUCUGGAGUUUGUGCAUGCAAAGGAAAUGACAGAUUUUAUUGAACCUACUCUUGGUCUGUGUAGGGCUUUCCUUUUUCGCUCAGUGUGCAGAAGGAAUGGGUUUGUUUAUGCAAAAGAACCUACUCUAUUAUGUGAUAGUUCUUCUGAAGGAAGCAGUGCAGUUGAUCAACAGGACUGCAUUAAGGACAUAAUGGACUUUGGUGCUAAUGUUGGUGUCUUGCUAGAAUUAAGUAAGUCUCAUGAGGCAAAUGUGGCAGAUUUAGCUUCUGAAUCUGUAAUUUUGUUACUCAAGGCAGCUCCAAGGGAGGCUACUACUGGUUUUCUAAAUAAUCUUCCAAAGGUCACUUUGAUCCUUGAGUCAUGGUGCCGAGGCAUCUCUCCCUUACUCAUCCAGCGGAUGCUGCAUGCUCUUGGAUAUUCCUGCCGGCUGUAUUUGUCACAGGCAAUGAUAUUGUCAAUAUCGAUUCCAGAUAUUUCAAAAAUUGAAAUGACUGUUUCUGAGCUCAAAAGUUCUAGCAUACCAGCUGUUGUUGAUGCUGCUUUUCGUGUGGCCAUGGAACUUCAGAGGCUGCUUCGUUGCAUUUGAAGUUUAAGAGGGUUUUUGAAGGUUAAUUGACUUUUCCCAAUGGUCAUGAAUCUGUUUCUGUUAUGCAGAAGAUGGGUUAGCAAUGCUUGUAUUGAGGUCAGUUUAUUUUUCAGCAUACAUAAUUCUGUAGAGCCCAGCUCUAUCAUGCUGGGGGAAAAAAGUUGUCAACUUUGACUGUCCUGUUUUUUUAUAAUGUAUGUACACUGGUCACAUUGCUAAUGUAUUCAAUUGAGUAAUAUUUUUUUUUCCAAAAUUUGUUC